AUGUCUAACGGUUACCGUACUUUGUCACAGCACCUGAAUGAUCUGAAGAAGGAGAACUUCAGCCUCAAGCUCCGCAUCUACUUCCUGGAGGAGAGGAUACAGCAGAAGUACGAGGAGAGCAGUGAGGAUGUCUAUCGUACGAACAUCGAGCUGAAGGUGGAAGUAGAGAGCUUGAAGCAGGAGCUCCAGGAGAAACAGCAGCUUUUGGACAAAGCACUCACAACAGCAGAGAGCUUGACCAAUCACAAUGAGGCAGAGCUGCAGAGACGAUGUCGGGAGAGACAGCAGGAAAUCGACCACAUGGAGCAAGUGCUCGAGACUAAGAUUCAGCUCCUUCAGGAGGAGGCCCAGCUAGCACGCAGCGAGGCGGAGCGGAUGGCCUCGCUGGCUGGAUCGCACUCCCACGCCUCCCUCCUCUCUCUAGACACCCCCAUGGAGGACAUCCAAGAGGACGAGAGGCCUCUGAGCAUCCUGUCCCCAUCCAACACCAACAAAGACAGGUUAAUAGAGGAGCUGACUAAAGAACUUUGCUCCAAGGAGGCAUUUAUCACAGAGCUGAGCGGAGAGAAGACGACUCUCACACUCAGGGUCGGGGAGCUGGAGGGACAAGUUGAGGAGCUGUCUUCAUCUCUGCUGCAGAAGGACAAGGAUGUGGACUUUUAUCAAGAGGAACUUGGUCGAGAGAGGCUGCGCAUCGAACAGGAGAUGCAGCCUACUUAA